AAAAAUAAUGCGCAAAUAACUCACUCACUCUAAGAUGCAGCUUUAGUAAUGGUUACCUGAAAAUUUUCCUGCUGAAUACUUUGCUUGGUAGGUUGUUCAGUCCUAGGUCAAAUAGAUCAGAAUGGUGUAUCCCAAACUUUUAUGCUGCUUAAAAGAAAUUGCAUUUGCAAAUUAAAGUGUGCGUGAAUUGAGGAAUAAACCAUUAAAAUUAAAGCAACUUUAAAGGAACUCAGUUUACCUUCUUUUCUACAACUCUGGAAUGCUUUCAAUCUCUGUGCAUCACUAGCCAUCAGUAGCUUUGAAAUGGCCAACCUACAAGGCCAAAGACUUCCCCGCCAUUAUUCCUUUGACUUUCAUUCUUCCCUAAACCUUCAAAACUCAAAACCCUUCACAGCCUCAAACUCCCAUCAAGAUUCACAGGAUUCAUCACCAAGCAUCUCUCAUUCAGCCAACUCGAAUGGAAGCUUGGACAUUGGAAGUGCAGUCAAUAGAACCAAAUAAUUUUGUGUAUCAUCUCUCCAAAGCUCUUUUGCGUUCUGAAAGUGCUCCAGUGAACAUACCUGCUCCAAGGCUUGCUACUUCCCCCGCAUUGUCCUGCAAACAAAAUUUGCCACCAUCUCCUCCCCUUAAAGUUACAAAAGCUGGUACUUCUAGUGAUAAUAUCGGUCCAGUUCAAACUGGUGCAACUAUUGAGAAGCUGUUCUCCUUUGGGGAAGAAGACAAUCGGAAAUAUUCUGGAGUGAAGUUAUCUUCCAACAGCUCACCGCGAAUUUCAUUUUCCCGAAGUUCUAGUAGGUCUUUAAAGGAUGAUUUUGAUGACUCUGAGUUUCCUUGUCCAUUUGAUGUGGAGGAUGAUGACAUGACGGACCCAGGUAGCAGGUAAA